CUGGUUUUGCACAGAAUGACCCGAGUAUUGCACAAGUUUAUCAGCGGUCAUGUUGAAAAAGUAGGAGGAGAAGUAUUGGCUAGUUGGGCUCUCCCGCGGUCGUGUCCUCAUUUUGUGAAGGGUCGGCCCAGCAGGAUGACGCUCCUUCGUCUGCUGUUAUGGACGGUGUUGAUGUGUUACAUUUCCGAUGCCCAGUUUGUUGCUCGAAACAAAUUGGGAGUGUUGCGGGAACCACUUUUCCGAGUCCGGGACCUAGAACCCGACCUAUCUCCAUCGUUUACUCUACUGGCUCCUGCAAAGAUAAGGCUUGGAACCAAACAGAACAUCCUGGUGGAAGGGCAAAACCUUCCCGGUGAAACAGAAGCCUCUUUUGUGAUCAAUGACUAUCCAGCAUUGAAUUCUCUGCAUCGUAGCUCUGUCAUCCUCAAUAAAGAGAACAACUACAUUGCACUCCAAACAAUCGAGAUCGAUCCAAAUCUGCUAGUUUUGGAUGAAAAGAGAAAGAAAUAUGUGCAGCUGAUCGUUCAGUUUGGCAGUUAUCAUCGAAUGGAGAAACUCAUAUUGGUGUCGCCCCGGACUGGAUACAUCUUCAUUCAGACUGAUAAACCUGUUUAUAACCCUGGAGACACAGUCCGUUUCAGGGCUUUUGUAUCUAAUACCGAAUUUAAUGCUGUUGAGAGAACCAUAACUCUGGAGAUUGAGAACCCAGAUGGUAUUGCGGUGCACGGUAUGACCAGAGUCAGAGCUAUCGAUGGGAUCCUCUCGAAUUCCUACCCCCUGUCUACUGUAGUCAAAGAGGGCAGGUGGAAAGUUGUUGCAAAGUUUGAUGAGGCAAAAGAAAACGCAUUCACCAGAGAGUUUGAAGUGAAGAAAUACGUUUUGCCGGCGUUUAACGUCACUUUGACUCCAAAGGCGUCUCACCUCAGCGUAGAUGACGAAAAGCUGGAGGUGGAAGUCAGAGCUAGGUAUCUGUACGGUACCCCAGUGCAGGGUACAGCGUAUGUGCUGUUCGGUAUCGAAACCAAUGGUGAGAAGAGGAGGCUCUCCUCUAUGAAGCAAAUGAAUGAUCUGGAUGGAGGAAUCGUCACUUUAACCAUGGAGGAGAUAAAAAGGGUGUAUCCUGACAUACAGAGCCUAGUGGGGUCGUCCGUGUACGUCAAAGCUUCAGUUAUGACCAAAUCAGGCAGUGACCUUGUUGAAUCAGAAAAAUCUGGCAUUAAAAUAGUGACAUCACCCUACAUGCUUUCCUUCAGGGACACAUCUCAGUAUUUCAAACCUGGCAUGCCAUUUGAUAUUACGGUCACAGUCAGUAACCAUGAUGGAUCUCCGGCACGUAACAUACCUGUUAAAGUCAACCUCCUUCAAAGCCCCAUCAGCACAUCAAACACCGGCAGUCUUACGCUCUCCCUGAACAUGCCAUCUGUUAUCCAAACACAGAUGAUAAAAGUGGAGACUGUAGUUGAUGGUCUAAAGACAGAACGACAGGCUGUGAAAGAGUUACGCGUGGAACCCUACAUCCCUUUCAGGUCUCAUGUACCAAACUACUUGUACAUCACAGCUGGCACCAACAAAGUAAGAGUGGGGGACAAUGUUAACCUGAAGGUGCACAUCAAUACUUCUCCAGGACAGAGAGCACAUGUUCAGUAUCUGACAUAUGCGGUGUUAAAUAAAGGAAAAAUAAUCCAAGCUGCCAGAAUGAAUGUCCAAGGCCAGGACGUCACAAACAUUCCUCUCCUGGUUACUACUGAAAUGCUUCCCGCUUUUCGGUUUGUGGGGUACUAUGUAUUGCCAUGGCAAAACGUGAGGGCAGAAGUGGUGUCAGACUCGGUCUUUGUGGACGUGGAGGACCGAUGCGUAGGUUCGCUCCGUGUUGGACCGGCGCAAGGAGAUGUUUCACCUGGCGGCCAAUUUCAGUUCCAAGUUGCUGGUGAUCCAGGAGCGAAAGUCAGCAUGGUUGCAGUGGACAAUGCCAUUUUUCUGUUGAGCAAAAAUCGUCUGACGCAGAAGAAAGUGUGGGAUGUGGUAGGUGAGGCUGAUAUGGGCUGCACCGCAGGAGGAGGAAGGGAAAGUAUGAGCGUGUUUGCUGAUGCAGGAUUAAUGUUUCAUUCCAGCACUGGUGUCUCCUCUGAAGCCAGAAAAGAUCGUUGCACACACAAAUCCAGGAAAAAGCGUUCUGCUGCUAGACUACAGCUUAAACAACAGAUGGAGAAGGAAUACCCUGAUACGUUUCUGCAGAGGUGUUGCGUGGAUGGUAUGAGGGACAUUCCCAUGCCAUACUCAUGUUAUCGCCGUAUCCAGUACAUCACGGAGGACUGGAGCUGUGUAUUGGCUUUCCUUCACUGUUGCACGGAAUACAGGGGGGAGCCACUGAUAGACAUUACCAGGCCUCCACCAACCACCCUUCCACCGACCACAACUCCUCCACCCACCACCACACCAUUUCGUCCAAUUUUGUGGCAUGGUUUUGGGUUGGCAGAAUCCUCUAGGAUUGAAGUGUCUCGACGUAGUGAAACGUUGGAAAUGCCGAUCUUGUUUGCGAAGGGUGCAGUGCCUGAAAUGCCUCUACUUCGUGGAGAAGCUGGACGAUCUGGAUAUGAGGAACCUAUUGUCAUGGAGGGUCGGUAUGGUCUCAACCCCAUUAGGGAACAAAGUACAAACACUGAAGAGGAAGAAGAUGAGUUUGACGAAGAUGAUGUUGACAUAGAUGCCAUUUACGUCCGCACAAAGUUCUAUGAGUCAUGGCUAUGGACUGAUAUCAGACUGCCUGUCGAACCCAAGCCUGGCAGUACUGAUGGGUUGGCUGUAUAUUCGGUGGAUACUGUUCUUCCUGACAGUAUCACUGAGUGGGGCUUCCUGGCUAUCAGUGCUUCACCUAAAACAGGUUUUUGUGUAGCUGAACCCUAUAACGUCAAAGCGUGGAAGCCAUUCUUCAUUGACCUGAGGUUGCCUCAUUCAGUGUCCAGAAAUGAACAUGUGGAAAUUAAAGCUGUGAUUCACAACUACAAGAACUCAAAACUGGAGGUAACAGUAAUCCUUGAUAAAACCGAGGACAUGUGUAGCGUGGCGUUCAGUGGACCUCACAGGCAGAAAGUUUCAGUACAGGGCAGUUCUUCUGUUUUAGUUUCAUACACCAUCAUCCCUCUUAAAAUUGGAGAGCUUCCCCUGCAGCUCACAGCCAUUGCAUCAGACUUAAUGGGGCAGGAUGCAAUAAGGAAGAAUCUACAUGUAGUGGUUGAGGGCAUUCAAACAUUGAAAGUGAGAAGCUUUGUGUUGGACCCCUCUGAGAAAGGAGAUCAAGGUGGACGACAGAUGAUACGAGUGGAUGCGGUGGAGCUAAACUCUGUUGUACCGAGAUCUCUUCCACAGACGUUUGUCAACGUCAGAGGUGAUGUGCUGGCAGACAGCAUUGAUAACUCCAUAAACGAAGAUUCUCUGGCGGCACUGAUCCGGAUGCCCGGUGGUUGUGUGGAGCAGAACCUGGCCAGCAUCACUCUGCCGCUCAUUGCCGCUCACUACUUGGACCGCAGUUCAGGGUGGGACAGUGUGGGAAUGCAACGCCGAGAAGAAGCUAUUAAAUACAUACAGAGAGGUUAUGAAAACCAACUUAAUUAUCAAAAGGCGGAUGAUUCAUACCCACCCUAUCGCAAUGAAGGCACCAGCACAUGGAUCACUGCAUAUGUUGUGAAGGUUUUCUCCAUGGCAAAUUCGUUCAUUUCGGUCAAUAAGAAGCAUCUGUGUGGGCCUUUGCUGUACUUACUGAAGAACAAACAGCAGCCAGAUGGAUCAUUUAAAGAGGAUAAUCCUGUCUACACCACCAGCAUGACGGGAGGUCUGCAUGGUCCUGAAUCAAGAGUGUCUAUGACUGCGUUUGUGCUGAUUGCUUUAGCGGAAGCAAGAAAUGCAUUUAGCUGCCAAGAUCCUGAUGUCAACAUAGACGACAAGUUUAGAAAGGCAGCAACCUAUCUAAAUACACAUUUGCCCCGGGUGGAGAGGCCGUACACAGCAGCUAUAGCAUGUUACGCUUUGGCAUUAUCCGACCUUGGCUGUACAAAGAGCAUUUUGCUGAAGUCAGCAUCAGCAGGUGGUAGCUACUGGCAUGACUCCAAUAAUUAUUAUUUCACACUGGAAGCCACAGGCUAUGCAUUAUUGGCUCUGAUCAAAGGGAGUCACAUGAAGGAAGCAGACGCCCCGUUUCGAUGGUUGAACGAACAACGUGGUGCUGGAGGAGGAUACGGCUCUACUCAGUCCACCAUGGUAGUGCUGCAGGCCCUGUCUGAGUAUCUAGUAAAGAAACCUCCUCCUUCUGAUCUUAAUUUGCUGGUGGAGCUGAGUGUGCCCGGUCGCAGUGACAUACGCUGGAGCUUUAACCAAAAAGUGGCUUCUAUGGCUCGAACUUCAAAGGUACCUCUUGACAAGGAAUUCGCAGUGGUGGCUUCUGGGAAUGGCAGGGGUAUCUUGGAGGUGGUGACGGUGUAUCACCAGCUUCCUGAUGCGUACGAGAACAGCACAUGCAACGGCUUUCAUUUGGAUGUCUCUAUGGCUGAGACUAGUGAAAAGCCUCCACCAGAUGUAGAAAAGUCCUUUAUACUCAAUAUAAACGUGAGGGCUACGGAGGGACAACAGGUGAGGAUGGUGAUUUUGGAUAUUGGCCUGCCCACUGGCUUUGAACCUGAAAACUCGGAUUUAGAGCUGCUCACAAAUUCAGUGGACCGAUACAUCAACUACUUCAAAGUGGUGGAUAACUUGAGUGACAGAGGUUCGCUCAUAAUUCACCUGUUUAAGGUGUCUAGUAGUGAGACAGACACGAUCUCAUUCAGACUGAAUCAGAAAUUUAAAGUGGGGCAUCUUCAGCCAUCAACUGUUACAGUUUACCAGUACUACAACAAAGAUAAACGCUGCAGCAGAUUCUACUCUCCUCCUGAAGACAAACAGCAGCUGGAUCAGAUCUGCAGAGAUAAUGUGUGUCGCUGCACACAGGGUGAUUGUUGUGUAUUGAAAGCCGACUCCUUGUCUGUUGGUCAACAGCAGAGGAGGGCAACAGUGUGCAAUGGAUUACAUCACGCCUACAAGGUUAAACUGAUCAGUGUCAGCGAGAGUCACUACUACCAGUAUGAAAUGGAGAUUGUGCAGAUUAUAAAAGAAGGGUCUGAAGAUGGCCUAAAAGAAACCGACAGGAGAACGUUCCUCUCACAUGCGACCUGUACAUCAGGGCUGAACUUGAGAAAAGGUCAGGAUUAUCUGAUCAUUGGUCCAUUCACUGAUGUCUGGCAUGCAGGGAGCUCGACCACCGGGUAUGUAUAUAUGCUGGGGAAGGACACAUGGGUGGAGCGAUGGCCAUCCGCAUCAGAAUGUGGGAGUGACUCCACAGUGCAGUUGAAAUGUGCCGAGCUGAAGAGCUUUGAAAUGGAUCUGACACAGAACGGCUGUCAGACUUAAGUGACGUGUAAUGUGAACCUUAUUGUCUUAAACAAUUUUACAACUUUUAUCUAAAGCUACUUGUGUGUGUGUUCCCUGGAGAUUGAACCCACACUGCAAAAAAUUAUUUUCAAGAAAAAUGUUCUUAGUAUUUUUGUCCUGUUUUCAGUAAAAAUAUCUAAAAAUUCUUAGAUUAAGAUGCUUUUUCUUGAUGAGCAAAAGACCCAAGAAAAAAAGUCUAGUUUUUAGACAAAAAUAUCUAAUUUAAGUGAAUUUGUGGAUUAAACAAGCGAAAAAAUCUGCCAAUGGGUUAAACGAAAAAUCUUGAACAUUUUUCUUAAACACUUAAUUCAAACAAAAUGUAAGAAAAAUGUGCUUUUGGCAAACAUAAAAUUUAAGCAAAUUUGUGCUUUAAACAAGCAAAAAAUUGUCAAUGGAAUAGGAAAAUUUUUCUUGAAUUAAGUGUUUAUGAAAAAAAGUAAACUUAUUUCAAGAAAAUUUUUCUUAUUCCAUUAGCAGAUUUUGUAAGUUGUUUUAAGCACUAAUUUACUUAAAGUUUAUAUUUUUUGUCUAAAAACUAGACUUAUUUUCCUAGGUCAUUUUGCUCAUCAAGAAAAUACAUCUUAAUUUAAGAAUUUUUAGAUAUUUUUUCUGAAAACAAGACAAAAAUACUAAGUAAGAAAGUUAUUAUUUUCAAAUGAUUUUCAAGAAAAAGAAGUCUUAGUAUUUUUUUCUGGUUUUCAGUAAAAAUAUCUAAAAAUCUUAAAUUAAGAUGCUUUAUCUUGAUGAGCAAAAUGACCCAAGAAAAUAAGUCUAGUUUUUAGAUCAAAAAUAUCUAUAAAAUAUAUUAAACAAGCAAAAAAAUCUGCCAAUGGGGGUAAGCAAAAAAAUCUUGAAAAUUUUUCUUCAACACUAAAUUCAAGAAAAAUUUGCUUACCCCAUUGGCAGAUUUUUUUGCUUGUUUUAUGCACAAAAUCACUUAAAUUUGAUAUUUUUGGUCUAAUAUCUUAGUAUUUUGCCUUGUUUUCAGUAAAAAUAUCUAAAAAGUCUUAAAUUAAGAUGCUUUUUCUUUAUUAGCAAAACAACCCAAGAAAAUAAGUUUAGUUUUUAGACAAAGUGAAUUUGUGCAUUAAACAAGGAAAAAAUCUGCCAAUGGGGUAAGCAAUUUUUUUUCUUUUUUGAAUUUAGUGUUUAAGAAAAAUGUUCAAGAUUUUUUUGCUUGUUUUAGGCACAAAGUAACUUAAAUUUGAUAUUUUUGGUCUAAAAACUAGACUUAUUUUCUUGGGUCAUUUAGCUCAUCAAGCAAAAGCAUCUUGAUUUAAGAAUUUGUAGAUAUUUUUACUGAAAACAAGACAAAAAUACUAAGAUUUUUUUUUCUUGAAAAUCAUUUUUUUCAGUGUACCAACUGAGCUAUGGGAACAUUGCCAACAUUGUUUAAUUUUCAUUAUGAAGUAGUAUAAUCCACAUGUAACAGUGCAUUAUUUCUAUUGCUUAUUAAAACCAAGAAGUAAAAUCA